CGCAGGCCGGCCCACCUGGGAAGCAGGCUUCCCCACACCAGCUGCCACAGGGGCGGAGGCCUCUGGGGUGUGAAGAUGAGAAGCACUGCGCGCCUUGUCAGGAGAAAGGAAAAGAUGGAAGCGGCUCGUUUGUAUUUGGGAACAGAAGGGGGGUGGGGUGUGAGGGUGUAACCCAGAUGGAGCAGAUCACACCUGUGCAGUUUAUUUAGAUUUCCUCACAGCCAAUUCAGAGACUGCUUCCCACCAAACCACCGGCGCAUUCCUGGAGACGGUCUCCAUGCCCAGGCAUCUUGGAGGGUACGCCGCGCUCUCGAAUUUGCCCGCAGUCAAUGGACCAGCCAGCAGGUCGGCCGCAGGAAAUGAGAUUACGCUUCAUGUCAGUAGAAAUGGACAGCAGCAGUUUUAUUCAGUUUGAUGUGCCCGAGUACAGCAGCACUGUUCUGAGCCAGCUAAACGAACUCCGCCUGCAAGGGAAACUAUGUGACAUCAUUGUCCACAUUCAGGGUCAGCCAUUCCGAGCCCACAAAGCAGUCCUCGCUGCCAGCUCCCCCUAUUUCCGGGACCAUUCAGCAUUAAGUACCAUGAGUGGCUUGUCAAUAUCUGUGAUUAAAAAUCCCAAUGUGUUUGAACAGUUGCUUUCAUUUUGUUACACUGGAAGAAUGUCCUUGCAGCUGAAGGAUGUUGUCAGUUUUCUGACUGCAGCCAGCUUUCUUCAGAUGCAGUGUGUCAUUGACAAGUGCACGCAGAUCCUGGAGAGCAUCCAUUCAAAAAUCAGCGUUGGAGAUGUUGACUCUGUUACUGUUGGUGCUGAGGAGACAUCAGAGAGUCGUAAUGGAGUUAAGGACAGCAGCUUCUUUGCCAACCCGGUUGAGAUCUCCCCUCCAUAUUGCUCUCAGGUACGGCAGCCCACCACGAGCAGCGAUCUUCGGAUGGAGACGACGCCCAGCAAAGCUUUGCGCAGCCGCUUACAGGAGGAAGGGCACUCGGACCGAGGGAGCAGCGGGAGCGUUUCCGAGUACGAGAUUCAGAUAGAGGGGGACCACGAGCAAGGGGACCUGUUGGUGAGGGAGAGCCAGAUCACUGAGGUGAAAGUGAAGAUGGAGAAGUCUGACCGGCCCAGCUGUUCCGACAGCUCCUCCCUGGGGGACGACGGGUACCACACAGAGAUGGUGGAUGGGGAACAAGUUGUGGCAGUGAACGUGGGGUCCUACGGUUCUGUGCUGCAGCACGCAUAUUCCUACUCCCAAGCGGCCUCACAGCCAACCAGCGUAUCUGAAGCUUUUGGAAGUUUGAGUAAUUCCAGCCCGUCCAGAUCCAUGCUGAGCUGUUUCCGAGGAGGGCGUGCUCGCCAAAAGCGGGCUUUGUCUGUCCAUCUGCACAGUGAUCUACAGGGCUUGGUGCAGGGUUCUGACAGUGAAGCGAUGAUGAAUAACCCCGGGUAUGAGAGCAGCCCCCGGGAGAGGAGUGCAAGAGGGCACUGGUACCCGUACAAUGAGAGGCUGAUCUGCAUUUACUGUGGAAAGUCCUUCAACCAGAAGGGAAGCCUCGACAGGCACAUGAGGCUCCAUAUGGGAAUCACCCCCUUUGUGUGCAAGUUCUGCGGGAAGAAGUACACACGUAAGGACCAACUGGAGUACCACAUCCGGGGUCAUACUGAUGACAAACCAUUCCGCUGUGAGAUCUGCGGCAAGUGCUUUCCAUUCCAAGGUACCCUCAACCAGCACCUGCGGAAAAACCACCCUGGUGUAGCCGAAGUCAGGAGUCGGAUCGAGUCCCCCGAGAGAACAGACGUGUAUGUGGAACAGAAACUAGAAAAUGAUGCGUCGGCCUCAGAGAUGGGCCUAGAUUCCCGGAUGGAAAUUCACACAGUGUCUGAUGCUCCUGAUUAAGAUGGUAACGAAGUGCACCCAAACAAAGCACAUUAAUCAAUGCAUAUUUGUGAUUUGCUUUGUUGUAAUCUUUGGUUUUCCCAACCAUCUGGAAAUCUCUCCGUCUCUUGGCAGUUUUUCUAAGGUUUCUGGAAGGAACACUUCAUUGUGUUUAUCCUUUCCCCCGCCCUCCCUCUCCCAAGGAGCUCAAAGCAUGAAGGGCAACGUAUCCAGGGAAAACACAGGCUGACAGUAUUCCUCUUUGGCUGAACUCUUAAUCCCAAAUCUGCCAGUGAUUUAGCUAUGCCAACUGGUUGACCCUACAUUCUCUGCCAAGAGGCAUACUCUCUCGUUGUGUGCACUGGCACCAGUGCGUUUCCACGGAGAGAGACUAGGAUGCCGUCAGCUGAUACAAAUGGGUAACCUUUUCUAAUUUAAAAUUACUUUUAAGGGGUAGUUAGACAAUUUAUAUAUAUAUAUAAUAAAGCGAUUAUUAUAUAUAUAGUAUAUAUACAUUCUCAAAUUUGAUUUUAUUCUGGUUGAGGUGAAUGUAAGAGGAAUAUAUAAUUUAAUACAAUGUGAACAGGGCUUUUGACUCUGUCUCGUCCCCACCCAAUGUUAGGGUUUUGCCCCUUUAUUUCCCUUACAAAAGAAUGUUAAUAGGUUUUCAUAUAUAUAAUUCAUUGUGUCCAAAAGCAAGCAAAGCAAAUCACAGUGUUCAUAGCUCUGCUUCCUAACAAGUACAUAAACCAAAUGCCAUAAAAUGUAUUCAACUCUAGUUGGAAACCGUUUGGAAUUUUUGUUCGUUGUCCAGUAGGUAAGCUGGAUGACCCGUGGUGCUGACCUUUUUACAUAUUGUAGUGUUAUAUUAGCCAGCCCCAAAGGAGCAGUGGUUUUCAAUGUUUUUACUGGCCUACGAAUCUACCUUCAUUCCGUACUGUAGAAACACACCAGGUAACUAAAUCGAAUCACUCUACCAUGAGUUAGUACUCACACUAAAGGAAAGGGAUUUGUAGUUCUGUCUACAAAAUUCUCCAAGCAGUGUUGUGGGUUUUUUUUUUCCUCUUUUCAAACAGCUAGUUCAGGUGCACAGCAACUUUUUCUACAUGCAGUUCCCAGGGAAACUGCAGAACUUGGAAUUUGUACUUUUUGUAAAGAUAUACUCUAUGGGAAUUGCAAGCAAUAUAUCUAUCUUAGUAUUGUGUGUGCUAACGAGAGCCUCAGUGGCUCCCCCACUCUCAGUGUUUCCUGCUUAAAGAAACCAACAGUCAAAAAGCCCUCUAAGAUACUCUGUGUGUCACCAAAUCUGUGUGUGUCACCAUUUUUUGGGUCACGUGGUGCUAUUUUUAUGUUAUGUAUCUUUUAGGUCAGUAUAGUUGUAGAAAAUGUGAAAUCUAACGGUAAUAGUGAAUUACAAUUUUUUUUCUCCUCUCCUGAGUUUCUAGCUUGAAAAGAGACCUCAAAAGCAUGUGCUUGCUGGCAAACACAUUACUGUAUCAAAACAUACCUGAGUCCUAUUUGAAAAAUGUCUUGUCAGCACUUUCGAAGUGUCUUCAGCUCUGUACUUUGUUUACCCGUCUGCUUCUAGUAAACAAAACAGGCUGUACGAGUUCGCUUUGGUACUGUGCACCCUGACAGAGUACUUUCGGAAGCAAUUUGACGGUGAGUUUGUGCUGCGGGCCGCCCUGCCCGUAGGAUGUCAGCUCUCCAGACUCCCUGCUGGAGAACCUUGGCUCUGAAGCCCGCAGCCAGUACGUCUCCCCAGGAGAACGGCACAAACCACCCAAAAGAAAAAUAGGCAUAAAAAGACACAACUCGAGAGGCUUAGAAGUUGAAGGAGUACAGAAAUGGACGUUUGCUGGUUUUCCAUGCUUUUUUGGCUCUUAAGAUACCAAGAAUGGUGGGAGGUAGGGGGUGUUCGGGGGAGGUUUUGGGGGUUUUUGUUUUUGUUGUUUGUUUUCGUUGUUUUGUUUUGUUUUGUUUUGUUUUGUUGAGAAAAGAAAAUCAUUCGGGCCCUUGUGUGUGCUAAGCCCCCGGGGGUGGUCGCUGUGCGGUAGCUCGUCUCUAGCACACAGGAUCUGUCUGUUCCCGCGUGAACGGCUGCGCCACACAUCAGUGUUACUACGUACAGAUGACACUCUAGUCCUGCUGCUCCCGAGGAGCAGCGUUUGCUAAAUCGGGUAUAUAGUAUGCCUUUUCCUGUCAAACUGCCUAAGUAAGGGGUGCGCGCUCUCCCUGAAGCACUCGCUCAACUCCUGUCAAAGCUGCGUGCCUCAAGGGGAGGCCGGACCCCCAGUGUUUACCCACUUAAAUAUGUUCUGGGGUUUCAGGUAAACGUUUGUGAUUUUUUUUUUCUUUACACGAAUACGUUGGGUUUUGAUUUUUCUUUUAAGAAUUAAAUGCAAAAAAUUUGUGUGGUGGUAACAAGUUAAGUUCGUGACAAGAAACGCCCAAAUGGAGGACAUGAGAGGUCAGGCUCAGGGAAGGAACACCUCCUUUUCACUCAGGCUUGGGGCCUUCUGAGAGGUUUCCAGAGCAUUCCGCGAUAGAUGAGACAAGUCAGGAGGGGAGAGCACUUGGGGCAGGUACCUCGAAUAUCCUGGUUCUUGUCACCGUUGUCAGUCUUAACCUUAUUUACAUGGAGUUCUUUGUAUUUGUCAAUUUGUUUCACUGGUUUGAGUUUACCAAAGAGUGACUUAUCCAAAAUUGUCUUUGACAAAACUAUACAUUGCUUUGAUUGUACAGUUCAGGUUCAACCAUUGUAAUGGGACUGUUAAGGGGCAGAAAAUUGAUUGAGUUUCUCUCUAAGAACCAUGAUUCCGCAUUUUGCAAGUUCCACUUGCUCCCUUUCAUGUUGCUAACACUUUACCCUUUCCACUGCUAGCAGUGUUAAGAAUGAAUUCUCAAGCCAUAACCCAGUACUGUAAGGUUCCACAGGGCUUCGAGGAGGCAGCGCGUAGGCCAGCACCGAGCUGGGUAGCCUCUCUGAGCGAGCACGCUGUCGUGUUUCUCGGCGUGCGUGGCGGGUGGAAGGUUAACUCCAUUCAGAUCGGGCAGCAGCAAUCAAUUGUGCCUUGUCACAGGAGGAUGUGCCAGGAGGAUUAACAUGGCCACAGAACAGAAACGUUCUCUCCCCGAAGUUCCCUCCACGUCUCCGCAGACGAAGUACGCUGUGUAACUCCUUAGAGCAACUCUUUUUUUUGGAAAGCAAAGUCCCUAUCUCUGUACAGGUUUAGGUUAGAUGUUUCGUUUCUAACAGAUGCAAAAACCAAUUCAGAUAAAAGUGAUCUGUGAAGAAAUCUUUUACAGCAAAACAUAUCCUGAAUUCAUACAGGUCUGUUCAUAAUUGAGUCUCUCCUUGAGCUACCUUUUCAAAUACGUAGACAAUGUGAAGACAGUGACAGCGUCCUUUUCUAUAGGUGUUUAACCUGCUAUUACAAACUGUGAAAACAAAGAAUUUUAUACUUUACUAAUGUUUGUGGGUUUUAAACAGUUCCUUUCGUUCUGAUCAGUUCUUUCCCCUCUAAUUUCUACUAAAGCUGUAAAUACAUUUAGAAAUUAUAUUUGUAAAUACAGCACACGAAGACAAGUUCAUUUUUUGGUUAGCGGAAAGCCUCCUAAUUGGCUCUGCUUUGGCAGUUUUGGUUUCGUGUGUGUGUGUGUGUGUGUGUGUGUGUGUGUGUGCGCGCGCGCGCGCGUGUGUGUAUGGUUGGUUUUGUUGUGUGUGUGUUUGUGUGGUUUUUUUUUUUUUUUUUAAUACAGCAGAAAGGAUACUGUCGGUUCACUGUUAAGCAGAAUAUACUGUAGAACUAAAUUGAAAAUUUUUCAAUCUUCCAGAGCAUGAGUAGAUGUCUUUUCUCAUGACAGCAGUUAUAACCAAGUCUUUGUUUUUCCCUUAGCCCAGACCAUAGGCCUGCAUAUGUUCGUGUGCGGUUUUGUUUUUACUUUUAUUUUGACGGCCUAGACUCUAGGAAGAAUUUGCAGGAACACAAAACAAGGGCUGGGGGUGGGGGUGGGGGUGGGAAUCAUCUCUGUGAAUGAGCUUUACUUUCAAGAAAUCAAUGUAUUUUAUUUUAACAACUUUUUCUAUUAGUUACUGUGAUUUUUGUUGUUGUCUUUGUUAUUGUUAAAUUCUGUAAUGGUUUCCUGUGAAGCCUCCACUGAAAGGGACUCAAAUAUGCAACACCUAAACUAUUUUCCAAGGGCACAUGCCCCUUGAAUGGUGCUUCUAGACUGGUCAGGGUUAUUUAUUAAAUUUUAUAUAUGAAAGUAUUGGGGAAUUAUGUAAAUUCUUUAUAUGGAACUAUCUAGUUCAUAAAUCAUAGAUUUCAUAUUACUCAGUGCAACUGAACUGAACGUUCAGAAGAGUCAUUCACAUUGUUCCAAAUUUGUAAUGGUUGUCACACGCCACACACGUCUUCUUCAGUAAGUGCCAGAGCGUUCCCACUGUUUCUGCCCAGUGCCCGACUUCUCUGCCCGGAAGAGGACCUUGUUUCCCCCGGUUCCCCUCUGGGGCUGGCACAGACAGGGCUACCCUAGUUCUGGCUCCAGCCCUGGAGUAAGCCUUGCAGCAGAUUCAGUAACCAGACCUCUUGCUGCCCCUCGGUGACGAGUAUGCUGUGAAUUCAACCUUUGGACUUGCCGCCCAAGCCCUUGGUUGCUGCCCUGACUAUAGUAAGAGGUAAACUUACCUGGUUCCUUUGAGAAUGACCAUUUUCCUAAUGUGAAAACCAUCUCUCUCACCACUUUUAUUAGUAGGGCUAACAUUUUUUUCCGUUAUAAAUGGUUGAGCAAUUUGAAUGACUUAACACAGUGUCAUUAUCUUGCAAUAUAAACUGGUAACCUCACAAGUCCACACUUCAUCGCCAUAUGAAGUAAAUGAAGCUAGCUAAGCGGAUGCUGUAUCAACUAGUAACUUGCCAUUAAGGAUUAUUUUAUAGCAUGAAUUUAAGACUAUUUAUUCAAAUGAUAUUUUACUCUUGUAUUCAUUUCGUUUUAGAUUUGUGACAUGAAUAUUUCAGUGCUGCUUAAUUUUGUUCUGAAUUCUCGUUUCUUGCUUGUAAAUGGCUUUUUUAUGGUAUCAAGUCAAUGGAAAUUGCUGUUUGUAAAUAAAAAUGCUGCUAGAGCAAA